CUCAGUGUCUUCAAAGUCUUCCCAUUCUUCGUUUUUCUUCGUCACCGUCGCUGCAAAAAAGCUCGCACACACCCCCUCUCCGUCCGGACCCACGCCUACUCCGCUGUAGUGUACGUACCGCCGCCCACAUCGAACCCUGCCUUGCCUUGCCUCUCUACCUUGUCCUCCUUGCCGACUGCCACCCGUCUGUCCUGUCCAAACAUUUUCUUCUCCCACCCUCCUUGUGGGAAAUAUCACCUGGCUGGGAACCCAUCGCCGUCUGGUCUGGUCUUGUCUCGACUUGUUUUUCGUCCGUCAUCUCUUCUCCCGCAGAAGCAUAGUCGCUCGUCGCAAACCAUAAGCUAGCACCCGUCGCCAGUCGUUCGAUCCCCUCUUAGACUCUAGACUUCUUCCGUUGUCUAACCCAGCAACACCUCCACGGCCUCAUAUAUCGACGACCGCCUCACCUCACGUCUGGGCCUUUGCGUUACGAACCCCCAACUCCCCACGACCCUUCAACGACGCUGUCAUCCCCUCACGUGUGCGCCCUGCAGCAGCAAGACCCGGAGCUAUCAAGUCAAGUGUCGCAUUGGGUCCAUCGUCAAACCCAUUUGAUUGGAAGAGGAGGCAUCUGCACCGGGGGAACAACAACGCACGCAUAACCAAAUUCCUGCUGGACCCCAGUACCAGCACACUCACGCCCAACCACCGCCAGACAGGCCGAGGUACCCUGCACCAGUUUCGUACACGUGGGACGACUUACCGCCCUUGACAAACGGCCGGCUCGAACAUCAGAUUUCACUUCAUUGGAGAAAACCAGGGCAUUUCCACAGCGCUUCUACACUGCCAUCACUCACUCAGUCACGACAGCCAUCACCGCCUCCGAGGGGAGAGAAAUAAAAAAGAGUUCGAAACAGCACAACGCCACGUCGCUGUUGUCGGCUGGGGGAAAGAGAGACAACAUCAGCAGCCAGUACAGGAUCACGAGAAUGUGGAGUGGGAAGAUCCGGCUGACAGGAACCAUCUGAGUGGCGUCGACAACGACCAAGUACACCCCAAACAGUACUUACACCAGUCCAAACCCCAACACACCCACUUCGCGACAAUAACGGCAACCUUACACGACUUCGAACAGGAUACUAAACGCAUGUGUACCUGGAAUGACAUCGGAUAAGAAUACCUGGCACAACACAUUUGCUUCAUCUCAUCAUCACUGCAGCAGCAGCAGCAUCUCCCCGUUCAACCCAACGUCUGGCUACCCCACCGCGCCCGCCAGAAUACAACCAGGCGACACAAACCCCCGAACAUCCAACUUCGACAUCUGACGCAAUAGCAACCACACAGCAUCGUCUCCAACGUUGCUAAAUACUCCAAACUUCUCGGGCAGACAUCAUGUCUCCCAGGUUGAAGCCAUUGCUGCUACCCCAGCUUGUCGAAGAGCGUCGCAAAUUCGAAGAGCAACAGCCCGAAUUCCCAGAAGGCGAAAUGGACCGACAGUACGUUUACUAUACGACGAAUUCCUCGUCUUCCGACGUUGCAUCACCCGUCACACCUACCUUCUCGGCAAGGGGGCACCUACGCUACUCCAGCUCAUCUUCCUCGCUCGACCUCCCGCCCACCUGUGUCAAUGAAAGCCCAUCAUCGCCAACAUCAACUAUCCACACAAAGUCCUCCAAAAGGCCACUUCCUGAUGUGCAAGAGGAACCGUUGGAGCGAGACGAACUCGACGAAAGCACCAUCUUGGCCGAGCCGUUCGACUUAUACAACUGCUUGUGUGACGAGCCUUGCAUCCACCACGAGAGCUCAGAGACGCUCAACAGCGUGUACCCUGCAGGCUUUGAUAUCGACUAUGACCUUGGAUUUUCCAGUGAUGGCGAUUUUACAUCCACGUUGGAUAGAAAGAGGAGUGGAACCGAAUCCCCUUUCUCCGGCCUGGCCACACGUUUGGGGUCACGAUUCCCACAUCUCUCGCGCUGGAAGUCUACAAAGCGAGCACAGUUGACUGCUUCGCCUACCACUGAGUUGACGUUUGAGAACGCUCAUCCUAUCUCUCGCGCAGCAUCAUCAAGUCGGUCUUCCUCCUUGUCUGGCCCUACACGGCAGAUACUCGACAGGCUCAACGAAUACUCGGUCCCUACUCCCGCCACUUCCUUUUGGGAGAGCAGCGAAAGUGUUGACUCUCCGGCUCCCAUCGACAUUGAGAAGGCCAAUAACGAGAGAGAAAGCAUUGAACGUGACCGAGCCCUCGCCGCAACCCCUCUGCUUCCUCCCCUCUUGAUGAACAGCCCACCGACAGAAGUCUCUCAUCCCAGUCCUCUUCAAUCUCCCAGCGUGGAUCCGUCAACGCUCUCAUUGGAAAUUCCCUCCCCUCAGCCGAUGACUCAGAUUUCUACGCCCUCGCUUAGCGCGAAGCCGUCAGUGUCUUCUUUCCGCCACGUUCAAUCGAGCCAAGAGCUGCCAAUUGGGUUCCCUUCUAUUGUACAGGACCACGACGAAUGGUCGGAUCGCCUUGGGCAUGCCAACUUCACCAUUACUCCGCAACCUUACCAACCGGUGGAGGCUGACAUGGAGACUCUCCGGCUUUUCCGAGCCGAUUGGGAAGCCGCUCGGGUCAGCUACACCAAGCACCUUGUGCGAACCGGCGAAAACUACAGCGAGACUUCCAAGAUCUAUGCGCUCACUGAGGCAAAAUGGGCCGAAACUGAGAAGAAUUGGCGAGCCUUCCACGAGCAGACGAUGGAUCGCAUUGAGGCUGCCAACAAGUCAAGCAGCCAACGACCAGGAAGCUCCCGCAGCCGCAGUCGUGGUCGCGUUCGCGCCAGCAGUGGCGGCUCUGCCAUACUACGCAGACCUACCCAAGACGAUGCCUUUGCCAGUAUGCAAUGGCGCCGCCUCGAAGACGGCCUACCCACCGCGAUUCCUCGACUCGUUGAUGCCGAGGGCAAGUUCCCCGAGCGCGGUGAUGAAGAUAUUGUCGGGCCUAUGGAGCGCGACACGAAAAUGAUUCGCUCCAGGAGCGAGGAGCGCAAGGGAGGCCGUUUCUGGCGCAACCUGGCCGAGAAGGUUGGCAUUCGCAGAUAAUGAAUGCAGCUUUUAGUCAGACACCGCCCCUCAACAUAUCUUAUUUGCGUCGUCACUUCGAACACGGACUUGGCGGCAAAAGAUCUCUUGUUACGAUUAACGACCCCGAAGCAACGAUGAUGAUAGCGUGUGGCUCACAUCGAACAUCACCAUCUUUUUUUUUUCUUUCGAAUACAUUCUUCACACAAGAUACCCGACUAUCGUCGCUCAUUUCACCACCACGCCUUGACCAGGCUACGUCUUACGACAUCUUACGAACCAACUUUCCUUUUUUCGUUUCUUCUUUCUGGUUUCAACCACCACAAAUCUUAUUGUUUAUGUUUAGUAUCUAGUACUCUUAUUGUUUAAAAUAGCACGCGCCCAUGGCGGCGCUGCAAGGCCUGUAGAUACUUCCUUUCUUACGGGAGAAACAUAUGGAGCAACUGGAAGGAGUGUUCAAAAAGAGGGAGAAAAACUUUAGACUUGGGGGAAAACCGCACCGGAGUUGCAGACCUAGGCCCACGGGAUAAAGUGGCAGCCUGUUUAUUUGGAUUUACUUGGGCGUUUCACAGGCGCAAAGCUCGGCGCUACGGUAGGACCGAGCCCCGCCAUCUUGUACAGACUUGUUUCUUUGAUCUGGACUCUGCCACAUUGGCGAGCCCUGCUGCGACCGUCUUUGGUCGCAGUUUCAAGCCUCCAGCUUUGAGCUGUGGGCGAGCCACUGGUGUUGGGUGGUGGAUAGACUGCCAUCACAUGGUGGCCGAAAAUAAACCUACUUGAAUACCUGA